AUGCGCAUCCAGAAGAACUCUGCGACUUUGCACGGCGAGAUUUCCACUUUGGAAAACGCCGGUCGCUUGCCCGGCGGAGUUUACAAGAACUGCACCAUGUACACGACAUUAUCUCCGUGCCACAUGUGCUCUGGUGCCUGUCUUAUGUAUGGUGUCAAGCGUGUUGUAUUGGGUGAAAACGAAAACUUUGUUGGUGCAGAAAAGUUGCUUGAGUCCAUGGGCGUUGAAGUUGUGAACAUGAACGACGAGAAGUGUAAAGAGUUGAUGUCUCGCUUCAUUCGCGAGAGACCACAGGACUGGAAUGAGGAUAUUGGGGAGGAGGACGCCUGA